AGUCAGCAAAGAGGAUGGGUUAAAGGUCAAAAGUGAUAACAGAGAAAGUUGUGCAGAGCAGAGACAGUGGGACUGUUCUUUGCUCAUCAUGGGUUCAUCUGCUGCGGUUCUGAUCUUCUGCUCCCUGAUAUGUUCAGUGGCGGCUCAGGCUCCAGUCGUCACCGUGGAGCCUCGGACCGCCACCGUCCACCAGGGAGAGUCCGUCAGCUACAGGUGCCAAGUGAAGAGCAACAUCCAGCCUGUCCAGCUAGAGUGGCGAAGAACUAAUAAUCAGGCUUUGUUAGACAAUGUAAAGAUUGGUCUUGAUGGGUCCGUGCUGACGGUUGCAAAUGCUCGACCUGGAAACCAUGGCCAGUAUCGCUGUGUGGCCAUCAGCGCUGCUGGUCGGAGCUUUGGCAAUGCUGUGCUGAAUGUGAAAUAUCCUCCCAAAGUACUGAUACCUGCAGGGCCCCUUCGGAUCACAACAGGUGACCCUGUGGCACUGGAAUGUAGUGCCACCGGUAGGCCACACCCCACAGUUACCUGGACACGCAGAGGCUCCACCCUUCAUCUGAUAACUCAGGAGAUAAAUAACGUCCACACUAUAAAGUGGCCUUCUGUACGCCCAGAGGACUCAGGAGUGUACGUCUGCCAGGCUGACAACAAUGUGGGAAAAUCAGAGGCUGAGGUUGAGCUCAUCGUGAUGGGUCCACCUGGAUCACCUGUGGCUUCAGUGAACACUAAAGAGAUGACAGUGACUGAGGGACAAACUGUUACAAUGGAGUGCAAAGCUACAGGCUCCCCUCCCCCAGUCAUAAUGUGGUCCAAACUACGAGCACCACUGCCAUGGAAGCACACUGUAGCGGAUGGAGUUCUGACGCUGACCGAUGUGGGGCGCCAAGACUCAGGCCAAUACAUCUGCAACGCAACUAACAUACACGGCUACAGCGAGGCAUACACAGACAUGGAGGUGGACACUCCUCCAUACGCCACCUGCCUGCCUGACCAGUUGCGGCUCCAGCCUGGAAACUCUUUGAUCAUACAGUGCCUCGCCCAUGGCUCUCAUCCAAUCCAGUUCACAUGGAGUCGGAUGGGGAGAGGCAGUUUACCCGCCGCAGCAGAAACCACAAGGGAUGGGAAGCUAAUGAUAGCCAACGUUAAACAGGGCGAUGGUGGAACAUACAAAUGUGUGGCCACCAACCACAUUGGUUCGAGUGAGGCCAUGGCGAAAGUCAUUAUAAAAGCUUAAAUAAGCAUGGACACACAAGUUUCUCAUUGGCAUAAACAUUUAUGCAGCAAAUAUUAUGGUUAAUAUAUCUAUGUAUUGUAUGAGAAUGAACGGCAACAUUUGUUAACGUUAUCCUCUUCCAACAAUUACAAUAUCAGUUUGAUUAUUUGCUCUUACUGGGAACUAAGGGUGAAUGACAUCUUUUUGUUUGAACAUUCAACAGUCUAUGUAUGUAUGUUUAUCCUUCAGAUUGUUUAAACCAAGAAAGGACACUAACCAAACAAGUAUGAAAUCCUAUUUAAAAGCUUCUGUUAUAAGUAAACCAGCUGAAAAUAAAUACAAAUAUACUGAGUAA